CUCGCCACGAACGCACACCGACCACCAGUUUCGCCAAUACUCGCCAGCAAUCACAAUUACUCGCUGUGAACGGGCCCUUUGUGUGGCGUUGCUGGUGUGGGCUGGCGUGUGUGCCAGUGCCAGUGCCAGUGAGCUUAACUUCCUGACGCUCGGCGAUUGGGGUGGCCAGCCAACGCCACCGUACACGGAGCCGGGAGAGGUGGCCUGUGCAAGCGGCAUGGCCAAGGUGGCAAAGGACAUCAACGCUCAGUUCGUCCUUGCACUCGGCGACAACUUCUACACGACUGGCAUUCAAGGCGAUGAGCACAACUUUCGAUUCCGGGCCACGUUUGAGGACGUUUACACGGACGACAGCCUGCAGAUCCCGUUCUAUGUUGUGGCCGGCAAUCACGACCACCUCGGCAACAUCACAGCCCAGAUUGAAUACAGCAAGAUCUCUUCACGCUGGACCAUGCCUGACACGCACUACAAGCGCACCUUCUCCUUCAACAGCGGCAAAGGCGGCAACACCACCCUCGACCUCAUCAUGAUUGACACCGUGUUGCUUGCAGGCAACAGUGAUCUCCUCCCCGACAAGUUUGGGGAGCUGCCUGGCCCUGCUGAUCCUGAGCUGGCAGAGACGCAGUGGCAGUUCAUUGAGCAGUCCAUCAAGGAGUCCACAGCAGACUACCUGUGGGUUGGCGGUCACUACCCAGUGUGGUCUGGGUGUUCCCAUGGCCCAACUGCUGUGCUCGUUUUGCGCCUGAAACCGCUGCUGGAGCAGUACAACGCAACAGGAUAUGUGUGCGGCCACGACCACUGCCUUGAACACAUCGACGAAGGCAAGGGCCCCGUGUAUGUGUUGACUGGUGCCGGUGACAACUGCUGCUACAAGAACUCCAACGUGCACAAGUGCCCAGAUGACUCAAUCAAGUUCUCUGUGUGGAACGACGGCAGCGGCAACCCCAUGCUUGGAGGGUUUGGUUCCUUCCACGUCACGCCAGAGUUCAUGACAGUCACCUAUCACGCUGCCAACGGAACAGCGCUGUACACCACGCCGCAGAUGAAGCCACGCAAGUGAUGCACGUGGCAGCCACCAUUCGUUUGCCUGUUGUCACGUACGUGGUGUGUACGCGCACAGCACAACACACCACACACGUUACCAUCCUUACCAUCCGUCGUCUCUGCCUCUCAGUUUCUCUCUGUUCCUCUCUCUGUCUCCACCACCAUUCUUUCUGCUGCGUCUGUUUAAGUCUCUGCCGACGCACACAGCAGCACCAUUGCACUCGUCACGUCGUCACAUCCACACCAACCAAUACAGAGUUGCCAACAAUGUCAGUCAUAUAAAGUUAACCACGAUUUCUUUACAAUACGAUCAUUAGCACCAGCGCAGAUAUGUCCA